UGUUUAUGUCAUUUCCGGUCUGACGUCAUAUCCGUAUAGCGUAUGAAUAUGAUCUUUCAACAUCGUCGAUAACAUCGCAAUAAUAUAAUCAGUCAGAAUUGUGGUUCUAUGUGAAUGUAUACGUAAUAAUCCAUCUCAAACCCACCACAGAGGCGGAUGGGCAAUUGUAACACCAAAAGGCAAAAAUUUACACCGAAGGACAGACAGGAGAGGCAGACUCCCUAUGCGAGCCACUCCAGCCUUGACAACGCCGGUAGCAGUAGGAGCUUCAGGUAUCUUAUAUUCGGUGGAAGCGGAGUGGCAAAUUCAGCAGCAUCUGCUCGUAUUGAAACAUCGCAGCGAUCUCGUGCCUCUCGCCGAACAACAAACCAGGGCACAACCUGUGAUCUACAUUCAUUCUAUAAAACAAAAUGGCCAGUGCCACAGUUCGAAGCUGCCUUUCUUCCAGAAUUUAAGAUUAAAGAAGCUGCGUCUGAGGCAGAGUAUGAUUUUAUCGACAUAAUAUCCAAGGGUGCUUAUGGACAAGUCUAUAAAGUCCGAAAUCGUAAUGAUGGAGAGAUAUUUGCCUUGAAAGUCCUCAGCAAGGCACAGAUCAUUGCGGAAGACGCAAUAGAACGAGUCAAAGAUGAAGUUCGCAUACAGCAGGUUGUUGGGCAUCAUCCUUUCGUUGUCAACUCAUCUCGCCACUGGCAGGAUAGAAGAAAACUCUACGUAGGUAGUGACUACGUUCCUGGAGGUGAAUUAUAUACCUUGGUUCAAGAUUAUGGGAGUCUGCCGGAGGAUGCAGUCAGAAUUCUAGUUGCUGAAGUUGCUUUGGCAAUAGAUUUCCUCCACAAUGCCGGUGUCAUUCACAGAGAUAUAAAAGCAUCUAAUGUUCUCUUAGACAAUGAGGGUCACGCCCAACUGAUAGACUUUGGUUUUGCCAAGUGGUUACCCCAUGGACAUAAAACUUCAACACUUUGCGGAACACCACGAUACAUCGCACCAGAGAUCUUACGGAGAGAGCCGUAUGGCCACGCAGUUGACUGGUUCUCCCUUGGGAUCCUGAUGUUCUUUCUACUAACAACUGAGUAUCCAGAAUCUUCUUCGGAGAACGGAGAACCUGCUGGGACCUCCGGCGCUUCUUCUUUAUCGACUUACGCGCCUCUCUCAAAUGCAGCGAGGGAUCUGAUCAAAAGACUUCUAGAACCGGAGCCGAGUUCGAGGCUGAAAAGCAUCUUUGGACUCCAAAGAGUAGCCUUUUAUCAGCACAGAGACUUUCGAGGAUACAACUGCAAAACGGUAUCGCCGUUCGAGUUCAUUUCCUCAACGAAGAGGAGACGGUCGACGACGGAGGUUAUCGAAGCGGAGAAUGAGGCGCCAGACGUAUUCUCAGGGUUUUCGGAUUCAGCUGUGAUGCUUCCGGAUAGUGACGGCCGUCAAUGACAAUUUUUACAAAUAUACUUUUCAUACUUUUUGAAAAAUUUACUCGCAGACGAUAUUAUUUUAUCUUUUAGAGCCCCUGUACUAUCUUUCGGCUUACCGUCUGACUACUCGCAGACACAGGUCUGACGGCUUUUUCAAACGAGGAAUUUGUAGAGGAAACUUUUCAGGCCCGGCGCUCACGGUAAUUCUUCUCUCCGAUUCUCUAUGUUCGAGAACUACAGGUAGAAUUUCGAAGAUUAUUCGGAGUAACCGUAUCUAAGAAUGCAGUGACGAAUCGGCCGCAGGUAAAAAGAUUAUAAAC